AUGGAUAUGGACGCCUACCUGACAGUUUAUGAAAAUCAGUUCCAGCCGCACACCCGCACAGCCGGCUCACCCCAGAACAGUGCUGCCUCCAUCCCUGCGCCCAGCAAGAGCUUCCAGCGCCCAAGCCGCCUGGUCCAGCCGCCGCUGCGUGGCUCCAGCGCGCCCUCUGGUGGCCGCUUAGGGCAUCGGCGUCCCGAAUCCCCGCGCCCCGCCUCCCUGCUCCCACCAACACCAAAAGCCCUGUCUGGUUCUGUUGCAGAAAAGCAUCAUCAGGAAAGGGAUGAAGUUGACUGCGUCCUCCUUUCAGCGUCCAAGAUCCUAAAUUCCUCUGAGGGGACAAAGGAAAGUGGUGGCAGUGAAACAGAAUAUGGCUGCACAGCAGAAUCAGAAAAUCAAGUUCAACCACCAUCAGCAUUGAAAGCCCUUCAGCACCAACUGGAAUCAUUUCAGGCUCUCCGAAUACAGACUUUGCAGAAUGUCAGCAUGGUACAAUCUGAAAUUAGUGACAUACUGAACAAAAGUAUUAUUGAAGUAGAAAACCCACAGUUUAGCUCAGAAAAAAAUCUAGUAUUCAACACACACAAUGAAAAGGGCGACUGGAUUGUCAGAGAGGAAAAGAAGGAAAUUCCUGUCCUGAAAACCCUAAAAGGCCCUACAGAGAAUCAAGAAGAAAUCCUCUCUGUGGAGAAAAUUCAUCAUUUUGAGGACUCGAGGACUCUUCCUUCAAUGGAAGAAAAAUUCAGUAGCGAUAAUGUCAACAGUCUCUCACCAAGUGUAAAUAUGCCGCCCCAGAUGCAUUUCAAAGACAUAUUAACUCUAAGAACUUCCAUGGAUAAUCCAGCCUCAAACAUGAUUAUGAACACUUCAGAAAAUUCUGACAUGUUGAAGAAUUAUAACAUUUAUAGUUUUCUAGCUAAUGCACCUCAAAAUGUUAUGCCUCGAGCUGACACAGUAAUUCUGGAUAAUUCCAAAAUUACUGUGCCUUUCCCCAAGCACGGAUUUCGUGAAAAUUUAGAUGAUAUUUGCCAUUCUAUCAAGCAAAUGAAGAAAGAGCUGCAAAAGUCACACGACAGGGAACUGGCACUUACAAAUGAACUUCAAACUUUAAAGAUGGAUACAAAUGUUCAAAGUAAUACUCAAUAUGACCUGUCCCCCAUUCACAAGGAAAAAAUUAACUUUAUUAAGGAUGAAAAUAUGGAAAGUAACUUACAUGAAGAUAUAAAAUCAAAGCGAAUUUUAGAAUUAGAGGCAUUAAUAGGCAAAUUACUCCCACUCAGGGAAUCAGUGUCAAAAUUCCAUCUGAAUUUUUGUAGGAAAUGUAAAAAAUUGUCUAGGAGUGAAACACAUAGGGGAAAGAAGAAUGAGAAAAACAAUAAAGAAAUUCCUAUCACUGACAAGAAUACUGCAGAUUUAAAAUUCCGUUCCAGACUUCCAUUUACACCGUCAUUCUUUGACUCAACAAAAUAUGAAAUGAAAGACAAAGAAAGGCAACCACUUGUAGUAAAACGAGGACCAAUAAUAUUUGAAAAUGAGAAAACAUCCAAAGUUAAUUCCAUGACUGAGCAGUGUGUUGCAAAAAUUCAGUACUUACAGAAUUACCUAAAAGAAUCUAUACAGGUACAGAAAAAAGUAGCAGAGCUGGAGAAUGAAAAUCUAGCCCUUAAGACCAAAAUAAAACCUCUGGUCUUUACCACACAAUCUCUGAUACAGAAAAUUGAAAUAUAUGAGAAGAAACUUAAGGAUUUGGUUGAAGAAAAGAACACUAUUCAGUCCCAAUUAAUUAAAACAGACGAAGAGCGCAAAAACUGUAUUGAAGAAUUGAAACAAGUACCUAGUAAAUAUAAUGUUCUCCAAGGACAAAAUAAAACUCUAGAGGAAAAAAAUAGUCAACUUUCUUUGGAGAAACAACAAAUGAUAGAAACAUUAGAUAAGCUAACACAUAAAGAACACAAAACUCAAAACGAUAUGGCCAUUGUCAAUAAUGAAUAUAAUCGAAUGAGCAUAGAAAUGGAAUCAAUGCAAACAAAUAUUCUAUUGAUACAAGAUGAAAGGGAAAUGUUAGAGAAGAAAACCUACCAGCUUCUAAAGGAAAAAAGCUCACUUGAAAAUGAACUAAAAGAAAGCCAGCUAGAGGUAGUGCAGCUGAAAGAGAGAGAAAGAUUGGCAAAAACUGAACAUGAGGCCCUGCUUCAAAUAAUAGAAACAGUCAAUAAUGAAAAACUUAGUCUUGAAACAACAUUACAAGAAUCUACUGCUGCCAGGCAAAUGAUGGAAAGAGAAAUUGAGAACAUGCAAACAUACCAGUCUACUACCGAAGAGAAUUUCCUGAAUGAAAUAAAAAAUGCAAAAUCAGAAGCUAGUAUUUAUAAGAAUAGUUUAUCUGAAAUGGGUAAUGAAUGUGAAAUGUUAUCGAAAAUGGUCAUGGAAAUUAAAACAGACAAUCAGAUUCUAAAGGAAGAACUAAAAAAACAUAGUCAAGAAAAUAUACAAUUUGAAAGCAGCAUCAGUAGACUUUCAGAAGACAAACUACUUUUAGAGAACUAUGUGAGAAGUAUAGAGAAUGAGAGGGACACCUUGGAGUUUGAGAUGCGGAAUCUUCAAAGAGAAUACUUAAAUCUAAUGCAAAAAAUCUGUGGUCAGCAUGGUGACCUGUCAAAAAUGGGUUACAUAUCAAGAAGAGAGAAAUUCCAUUUUGACAACCAUGAUACAUACGAAGACACCUCUGGUCCCAGGAGUAGGCCUUUAGCUCCUGAAUUAAAAGGAAUUCCAAGUAAACUGAAUCAAUUGCUUCCAUCCAAGAGAUGUAAAUAA